AUGGGUAUAUUUUGCCAAAUUAACUUGAAACAGCCACCAGAAGGAGUAUACCAUGGAGGGGAUCACGUCUCAGGAAUGGUCAAGUAUGGAGUGGACGAACCUAUGGAGGUUGAGAAAAUUACUAUAUCAUUAAAAGGAAUUGGCCGAGUGAUAUUAAUGAAGAAAAGUGGCAAACACAACAGAAGAUUUGAUGGCAGGGAAGUGUACGUAGAUACUGACCACAUAUUACCUGAAGGUAACUGUACGUUGCAUGGAAGCUAUGAGAUACCAUUCAGCUUCAGAUUACCCGAGAAGAUACCAAGUUCGAUAGAAUACACGAAGCGCCAAGGCCACUAUCGCGUUAAAUGUUACAUCAAAUACUACAUUCGACUGAAAUUCGAAAAGCCAGGCUGGUUUACUUUCGAUAACCAUUUCCGAAAGAAAAUUACCGUAGCCUCUCCUGUUGCACCUGAGAUGUCCAUGGAACCCAUUAUUUAUGGUGAAAGAAGUCAACUACUGCAGCUGUUCUCGAGCAAAACUAGUACAUUAAUAAUGAAAGCUGAAAUUCUCAACUCCGUAAUUCCAAAAGGUGGUAAAAUUGAGAUUAAAUCGGAAAUACAAAAUGAUACUAAUAUCGUAGUGAAUAGUGUUAAAAUUCAAUUGAUGGAGGUGGUUAAAGUUAAACCAAAAGGACAUGGAGAAGUGAAGUUCUAUGAUGAAGUACCUGAAUGUGAGAGUAAGACAGGCACUAUACAGGCAGAAGCGACUCAAAACAUGCCAAUUGAUAUUAUAGUACCUGAAAGUAGAAUUUCUUUACAAAAUUCUGAUAUAAUAUCUCGAGAUUUUGUUGUCAAAAUAACUGUUGAUCUGCCGAUGCCUCAUAGAGAUGUAGUUCUAGAGAUACCAGUUCAGAUUGGAGAUUAUUAUGAGCGAGCUAGUCUGUCACCCGAAUUACCCGACAAAAAUUGGAUGUCUAGGGUUGGUGAUGGGGCAUCAGCAUCAAGUGCUGCUGAUGAUCCUCCACCCACUUAUUGGGAGGCGAUGGGUGAAGGAAAGAAAGAUGACGAAUCAAGUACUGAUGAUGAUAGCGAUGACGAAAAGGGAGGGAAGUCUUAA